GACAGACAAUGUGAGCACAGACAGACAGACAGUGUGAGCACAGACAGACAGACCACCGCCUCCUCCAGCAGCGCACAAUGAUUCAACUCCUCCGCUGUCGACCCGGCUACUGCGUUCGGAAAACUCUGUCACGGAAUAAAUAAAGUGGUCGGUUCCUGAGAAAAGCGCCAAGAAGACUCUUUCUUUGCAGCAGGACUGCUCAUCAGUUAAACUGCCUUCGCGGGCUCAGCCUGUUCAGGUUUAAGGGGGGGGGGGGGGUCACCCUCAGUGUUCGCCCACCGGCUCACCUGAAGAAGCCAAACUAUGCGCUCCCAGGCUGCGGUCCCCCGGUUUAUGUCCCUUUUAUUCGUCCUCUUCCUUCCCCCUGUUUUUUCCUCUUCCUCCCGUCCCCUGUGGGUUCUACAGCGUGUCCCUGUGGUCCUCCCACAGCAGACGGAUGCUCGCUCAGCCCCUCACUUCCUGUCUCCAGCCCGCUUGGAUGUCAGCUCGCCCUGUGGCCCAGAAUGCCACAAAAGGGCCCCUCGCCCAAGCUACUGGGACCUGCGGCGUCUCAUGGCCUAUGAGACACUACACUCUGAUGGUCAUCUUACUGAGACCGCCAUUGGGAUCUAUGGCUACGACCCCAGUUUUAACACAAGCCCGGCCUAUGCCUCAGGGUCGUCUGAGAAGGCUGAGCGGUCACAUGUCAGGAGGAAGCGACAGAUCUUUGGCCAUGAUGGACGUUUUAGCAUUGCUGGGCAAAACUUCCUGCUUAAGUAUCCCUUCUCUGUGGCCGUCAAACUGUCCACAGGGUGUUCUGGUACAUUGGUGGGGGACCGUCAUGUUCUCACAGCAGCUCAUUGUGUUCAUGAUGGUAAAAACUAUGUGAAAGGAGCCCAGAAGCUCCGGGUUGGGUUUCUAAAAACUAAACAACGAGACACACAGGCUUCUCCCUUUUACCCAACCUCUAACUUCACCAACCAUGUGGAGGGUGGCUCUGCUCCUUACACUUCACCAACCAACGACAAAAUGAAGUUCCAGUGGAUCAGAGCCAAGCGCACCCAUGUGCCCAAAGGAUGGAUUAAAGGGAAUGCCAAUGACAUUGGGAUGGACUAUGACUAUGCUUUGCUUGAACUCAAGAAACCCCACAAACGCCGCCAUAUGAAGUUAGGAGUCAGUCCCCCAGCUCAGAGGUUGCCAGGUCGACGAGUCCACUUCUCAGGAUUUGACAAUGACCGUCCGGGCAAGCUGGUGUAUCGGUUCUGUCGAGCUGGCGAGGAGACGUCAGACCUGCUGUACCAGCAUUGUGAUGCUCAGCCCGGUGCCAGCGGGUCCGGAGUCUACGCCCGGAUGUGGAAUGGGCGGCGACGGCGCUGGGAGCGGAAGGUGAUAGGCGUGUUUUCUGGGCAUCAGUGGGUGGAGCAACAAGGGGCGUCUCAGGAAUUCAAUGUAGCUGUGAGAAUCACACCCCUGAAAUACGCUCAGAUCUGCUACUGGAUAAAAGGAAACUUUGUGGACUGCAGAGAAGGCUAAGAGGUGUGCCUAUGAAACCAUAGGCCCACCACAUACUCACACAUUGUAUGGAAUAUUUGGGGCCGCAUGAACUCCCAUAUUUACCCUACCCCUUGUAGCACUGAUGUAACAUCAAUAUAAAACAUUUUGUUUGUUGCCUCCAUUCUCAGACGCCAAUACCAUUAAUGUAAAUACAGACCUGA